AAGACCGUUUUUCCCGAAGAGAUCACAGGCCGGAUGAAAACGAAGCAAUGCAGUGCUGAAGUCUUCGCGUCUUUUGGACAGGCGGCUGAAAUAAACUGUUCUUCUAAGCCGGUAAAUCCUAAUGCCCGAAAGCAUCUGCUUUGAAUGAGGCGUAUUAAUGUCGGGCGAUUUAAAAAAAUUAUAGCGUCUGUUUUUAACAUUAAUAGUAUAUUGUUUUUAACAUUAACAUCAUCAGGCUUGUCUAAUGUAAAUUUAAUCGAUGUGAAUGAAUUAUGAUUUAAAUAGUUAUUUACCGUUACGUAUUCAGAAAGGAGUUUCAGAGGAGUCGUCAGUGAGGAUGAUGCCUGUGUUAUUCGGCAACUUGCAGUAACAUUUGAAUGGAUAAGAAGGGGGAAAUAAUAGCGAUUGCAAGUAACGGAAAAAAAAUAUUGUUAAAGAAUAUUAGGGACUAUAACGGUAAUAUAGGGUGACGUAAGCUGGGGAAGUAGACGAUAAAAAAGAGGACUUUUGGGACGACGCAACUGCAUACUUAACAGAGGCGUUGCUUAUAGUCUUCACUCUACAUCGAUCUUUUCCCCAGACUCAUCUGCUCCAGUUUUUUAGUCCAGAAAAGCCCUGGGAUCGAGAUGCCGAAAUUCCAGAAUUCCAGCAAACCCGGCUCCGGUCCACAUUACGUGUGGGAAUAUGAAUAUUACGACGAUGAUGAGCCAGUGUCAUUCGACAACCUCACAGCGCACAGAUAUUCAGUUGUGAUUGGCUUCUGGGUGGGCUUGGCUCUUUUCGUCAUCUUCAUGUUCUUUGUCCUGACUCUCCUCACCAAGACGGGACCCCCACACCAAGAGAACCAGGAUGCAUUUGAUAGGCAUUGCCGUCCAUCCAGCUGCAUGGUGGACUUCAGACAUCCACAGGCCUCAGACAACAAGGCCUGCUCCCAGCCUCUGCUGGAUGAAUCUCAUUCCCUCAUCCACUGUUUCAUUCAUGAGGAGGAGACAGGCAGGACGGGUGAGGGCCAAGGCCAGUGGAGAGAAGCAAAACAAUGCGCCUGCAGUGGGUUACAGCAGGCCCAGGCGAAGUGCAAGGUCGAGCGGGACACAAGCUUCCCGACUCACUGCAACAUCCCCAACUUUGUGAACUCGGAGUACAGCUCAGCUCUGGGGGACGAUGACUUACUGCUGUGCGAUCAACCAGUUCCCCUGGACAGUAACUCCCUGUCGUCCAACAACUAUCACCGUACCAUGUAAAUAACAUAUGGCUGUAUGUGGGGAUGUGGUAAAAUCCUGAUAUUGAUACAUACCGAUGAGGAGAGGGGGCGUCAUGUGACCAUGGGGAUCAAGGGUACCUUCUGAACUUUUGUUCUGUUUUACUUCGGGGCACCUGGAUCAGACCCAGCCCUGCUGUUUUUUGUGGACUGUUCUGCUAUGCUGAUCCAUCUGCACUACUGCUGUGUUUCCUUGAAAACAAUUUAAAAUAAAUCUUUCAGUCAUUGUGUCACA